AAGCGGCCGGCCGUUCCGUCUGUUUGUCACUAGAUUUGAACGCGUGCAGACACACGUGCGCGCCUGGCGGUCGGUGGAAAAGGUUUGAACCAGUCGAUAGCAACGCAUCCCGCAGUGCUGCUGCGGGCUCUGACGCUGAAGCAGGACGGGUACGGUUGUGCUUUUACUUGGCUGUGUUUUUUAAGACGUUUCUGGUGGUUCGAGGCUAACAGUGGCUUGUGCUAGUGUACUUUUUUUUGUAUAUCUGCUAGUUUCAGUGUGUGUGUGUGCGCGGGGGUGUGUUGUUAGUUUUCGGCAAUUCGGGAAUCUAAAUAAAAGCGAAGCAAUCAGACCGAACGGUCGUUAUCAGUGCGUCUCUUAUGUGACCCGACAGUGACGGUAUCAAAGUAGCGUGGAAAAAGACCCAAACUGAAAAGUGGUUCGAAAUAGUGCCUAGCUUGCAGCGUUAAGAAUGUGACCGGUCCGAUGUAAAAGCGCUUGGAGCGAGAACGAAACGCAACAAAUCAACGCUAUAUUAAGCAACAUCUCGGGAACGUCACGCCACAACCGGUGAUCUUCCCUAGCCAAUUCGUUUUAGAAUCUCCCUGUAGCUUCUUACCGCACCACGAGAUAUAGAGCAACCUGCACGAAAUAAGUCUGCACCAAGCAAAAAAAAAAACAACUACAUAUCAACCAUGCCGGCUUACGCUGGGUUCGACAGUUUUGGAACGUCCCGCCGGACGGCCGAAUCGCUGUACUACACCGCGAAGGAGUACGACUCGGCGGAAGAGUCCGACUACGUCCGGCGCGCGAUCUUCGAGGACGGUCCGAACACCAUCUUCAAUCGGCGAUAUGUCGAUCCGUGGGAUAUGGAGAACUAUGUCUACAUUCGCAAACAAGUGAUGGAUCCAACGUCCGAGUCCGAGGUACCGCCGUCGCCCGCCGGUGAACCGAUACAGUCCAAGUUCUACUACGUGCCCGGCGAGCUGAACGGCAGUGGGUUGGAGUGUCGCGAUUGCUCCAGUGCCGAGCUGAUCGAUCCCGAGUUCGAUCCCGUCGCCCGUGGGGAAGACCUGGAGGGUCAGAGUGUCGUACUGCUGCCGGAGGAGGAAGAUGCACUCGAUGGAGAGAGCCAGCACCACCGUCAGCAGCAUCCGAUGGUGGGCGACGAGCGGCCGAGCGAGCUGGAGGACGAGCUGAACGCCGAGGACGACGAGGACGAGGAUGGAUUCUACACCGAACGAUACGAUACCGUUAUGGACGAGGAUAGCAUCGGGGGUGAUGAGCAUGUCUACAGCUCAUACACGGAUCUGGAAACGUCAUCGACGGAGCAGCCAAGCUCGUGCGACAGCUCGAUGUCGGCGCUGCGCCUGCACACGCCCGGCUUCGGCAAGAGCGCUUCCAGCCGGCGCCCGAUCGUGCUGCCGAAGCCGCUGCCCCAGCUGGAGUUUCCCGGGCCGCCGUCGUACGAGUACUACGAGCCGAGCUGCUGCUACAUGCCGCUGCCGCCGCCACCGCCGCCACCGCCUCCGCCGGCACACUUCCAUCACGCUCACCAUCAUCAUCAUCAUGGACAUUCGGGGCUCCCGCUCGGACCACCGCCGUCCGUCACCGGGACGAUCCUGUCCGACCAGCACAACUACUACACGCUGAACGAUUGUCUCGAGUGUGCCCGGCAGGAGGCGGAACAUGUGCCGCUGUACGCGACGACCAGCAGUGCCGGUGGGCUGGCCGGCCCGCCCGCCGGCAGCCCGACGAGGCGGCGGUCCCGCAGUGUCAGCGUCGUCAGCCAGAGUAUGAGCAUUGCUAGACGGCCGAGCCAGAUGCUCGAUCCGGCCACCGCGAUCGCGAUCGCAGCGACCAACGCUAACGUAUGUUACACGCCGCAACAUUUCAGCUUAAGCAAAAAGGGUCUGCUGCAGAUCGACUACUCCUGCAACUGGAACAACCUGGAUCGGUACAUUGCCAAAUGAUGAUAGGAGGUGGUGGAUCGCACCAGAGAAGCCGUAGUCGAUAAGUUAAUUUAAACAGAAAUAAACUACGAUACUACCGGUAGGCGAAUGGGGGGAAGGUUUUGGCGAGGUUAAAUCGCUGGACAGGUUAUCUAUUAGGUUCGCGGUGUUGAAUCGACUAGCGAAUGAAGUGUAUGAAAUGUAAAUACCAUUACGACAAAUAAUUGUUCUUUUAAAAAAAAC